CUCUUUAUAACGCCCUAAAUGCCUACAAAUUACGCCCUCCCUGGCUCCCUCCUCCCUCUCUACCGACUCUCCCUCUCUAGACGAUGCCUCAGUGGCUAAGAAUAGACAGAACGCCGCGGUCGCCGUCGCGUUUCUCCUUCACUUCACUCAAAGACAUCCACGAUAUCAUUAGGGAAGAACCCACACCCAUUCCUGGGUCCCCAAAGACUCCCUCCAUUUUCCACCGGCUUAAACUCUCAAGAUCCAUUUCCUUUACGAAGGGCCACCACCAUCUCACCCAAUCGCUAAUCCCUCCCGUUGCCAUCCCCAAUGCCGAGCGCCGCAUCAUUCUCUACUUCACCAGCCUUCGCGUUAUCCGCAAGACCUUUGAGGAUUGCCGGACCGUGAGAUCAAUCCUCCGAGGACUCGGCGUACCGAUCGACGAACGGGAUCUAUCCUUGGAUUCCAAUUUUAUAGACGAGUUGGAGGAGAUCGUAGGGCAGAGAAACCUUACAUUGCCCAAAGUUUUCAUCGGCGGAAGAUACGUCGGCGGAGCCGACGAGAUCAAACAGCUCCACGAGAGUGGAGAUCUGUCGAAGAUGAUUUGUGGGCUACCAUUAGUGGGCCCAAGUGUCUGUAACAUGUGCGAUGGGCUGGGCUUCUCCCUAUGCGAAGAGUGCAAUGGCAGCCACAAGAUCUAUUCGGAGAAAUCUGGGUUUCGGAGCUGUAGUAUUUGCAACGUUAAUGGUCUGAUCAGGUGCCCUUCUUGCAGCUCUGUGCUCCAUCGAUCCCAAUCUUCAUUUUCUUAUUCGUAGGUCUUGGGUAAAUUUUACAACCUUAACCCAAUAAAUAAAUAAAUAAUAUCCGCUAAAAUGAAAAGAAUGAUUUAUUAUGGUUUAGGGGUUUUUAGAUGAAUGUUGUAAAAAUUCUGUGAUAAACUGGGAAUGUAAUGAAAUUUGUGAAUUCAAAAAUCUGUGGUGCAGUUCAGAUUGUAAAACAGGAUUCGGAUUGAAUUCUUUUUAGUUUUUGUUUUUAGAGUAGUCUAGAACUUAGAGGGCGGGGGUAGGGAAUCAUUAGUGCUUUGAUUUUGUCAAAGCUGCCAACUAUGGUUCUGCUUUCCAGAGAAAAAAAGGUUGCCAUUCAGCAGUGCUGAUUGAUUAUAGAUGUUUCAUUCCCUGUCAACCCCCCUCCUGCAGAAUGAUAAUGGAAUCCAGAUAUCAUUACAAAAUGUGUUUCAGUCUGUACAAGAAAAGUGUAGUAUGUGC